AUGUACCAAAGAGAAACCUACUUAACCAACCUCGUCAGUGUGCCGACAACCAACACAGCAAUGUCUCCUGAAAACUCCUCUAGUUCCUCCUAUAUGAAUUCGAAUCUUUCUGCCCCAGGUAAUGGUUCCGUCCGCAGUAUCGCCUUUCCAUCUCCCGUUUCUACAGAUCAUCUUCAGCAACUCCAUAACAUACCAGAUACUUGGUUGAAUCCUUCACAAGUUCCGUCAAUAGCUCAUCAUCAGAACUCCUGGGAACCCCUUACAAACCAACCUUACUUUCCCCACCCUUCUCGACAGUCUCCUACCUCAAGGCUAUCGAAGAUACGAAGAAAUCAUCUCCUCUACCUUGGCUAUAAACGCAGUGGAUCUUCGAGUGGAAAGAGUGGAUAUAGAGGACUUCGAGAGGACGCCGAAGAUAAUUGUGGAGUUCCAAGCAAUGACAAUGAAUCCCCAUCGGGAGAUCCUGUAAAUUUGUUGGAUGGAAUGAAUGGAACUGCGGCGUCUACAGCAGUGGCUACUAAGAGAUGCCGAGUUUGUGGAGAUCGAGCGGUGAACCAUAACUUUGGUCAACUGACUUGUGAAUCGUGUAAGGCUUUCUUCCGCAGAAAUGCUCAUAAGGACCUGACAUGUACGUCAAAAUCUGGGGAGCACGUGGUAUCACCUUCCACCAGGAGGGAAUGUCCAGCUUGUCGACUCAAACGAUGUUUCCUGAUUGGAAUGAGGCCGGAUCUUAUUCAGGUUCGAAAAAAAGACGGGACAAAGCCUCGAUGGCUGGACAAGUACCCUGCGGCCGCUCAAGUUCACGAGCACGUAACUCGCAAAGAUGUGCCAAAGUUGUCAAGAAGUCAGCAGAACUCAAGUCCCGGUGACGCUAGGAGCAAUCGAGAUUCGUACAAUCUCUCCUAUCCGAUUUACACAGAAGCAUCCCACAGUAUGUUGAAAAGUGGCCGAUCUUUUGACUCAUAUACAACGGACCCUACUUAUGCAAUGACUUCGUCGCAUCAUGCCCCAAAUAGUAAUGAGGGAAUUUAUGAAGAAAAUGGACAGAGUAUUACUGGAAUGCUGACUGGAGUUAUGGAUAAUCUAUCAAGUCCACAGUACAGACUGACGGAUGAAGCCGUUCGUUACAAGACAUCACCAUGGAAUCAAGGUCAAUCCACAUCUAAUUCGAACUGGUCUCAAGCGUCGGCACCGAUCUAUCAGGCAGGAAAUUCUGCAACGCCAGUUCAAACAGGCGAUACCUUCCUAUUCGAGGGGUUUCCUGCUGAUCCCAAUUGUCAGCGUCACCCCUCCUUACACUACCAUCAAAGCUCUCUUUUAGCCAAUAUGCAGAUCACUCAAGAGCGUCCUAAUUUUGUCCCAUCAGCAUGUCUAGAAGCAUAUGUAAGCUCGAUUCAUGCUUCAAAUGCAGAAAGUCGCUCAGGAACAUCAUCUGGUUCAACAACUUCACCAUCUGUGGCUUCUUCGUCGGUUUUGACGAACUUUGGAAGUGGAGGAUCUGAUUCUACAAUGCAAGGAAAUUUUGAUCCCGGCUCAUGGAAAGCUGUGACUUCGGAAUGGACUCAAUUGACAGAAGGCGAUUCUGGGAGCGUGUACCUCCAAAGUUUGUCGCCUUUAAGGAGUCAAAUGUGUGUAUCCGUGAAAGCAGAACAACGCCAACCACUGAUUUCACCCACAGAAGGUGAGCAGUUGUUUCAACGUUUGUCAUUCUCUUGGAAGUUUGCAUGGAGAGAAGGAAUAUUCCCCAAUCCAUCCAACUUGCGCCUUCAUUUGGAUUUUGAUCCAUUGUCUCCAGAAGACAGUGAGGAGUGGCUUUUGACUCUGUCAAAUCUGUGGAGUGACCUUCUCUUGAGACGUAUAGCUGAUUUUGCUUCUGGUCUCUUCCUAACUUCACAAACAGAUCCCUUCUCCGAUCUGCAAGUGUCUCCAGCUCUACUUACAUGGAUAUUUAAGCAUCGUCUUGUCAACUGUGUUCCUGUUAUUCUCGCCCGAGCACUUGUGAGGUCGACGGAAAUGAAUUGUUCCUCUUCUUCACAAAAUGAGAUACUAGAUGGCGGUGGAUCGUCACCACGUUCACCGAGAGGCUUGGAGUCCACGUUGCUCCACUCAAACGGUUCUCGAAAUUGCACCUUAUCGGUAGUCUUCCAGGUGGCUCCCAAUAAUCAAGUGUAUAUCAACCUCUCGAGAUUAAAUGCUAAAUUGAUGGAGGGUCACACAAAGACAACCUAUCCAAUGCUCCAAUACCUCGAUGCCUACAUCUCCGAGCUAAACAAAUUUUUGACGGAUCAAAUCCUUCUUCUUGGUGCCUUCAUGGCCGUCAAACUCACUGAACCACCUUCCCAAGAAGAACUUCUACAGAAUUCACUAUCUGAUGUGGAUUUACAACAGAUGCACAGCUUUCACACCAAAUUUGCCUACCUCUUUGGAGUUGCAGCGGACCACGUUGCAUCGAUUAUUGUCAAGACGGAACCGAGUGAAUCUAUCCAAACUCGAGCCAAGGCCAUGAACGAUGCAGACUGUCGUAGAAACAAGCUCCCUGAUUUUCUCAACUGGGGCCGUCAAUUCGAUGAGAAUAUGAAGUCUCUCCUCUAUGAUAUUUGGAACGUAAGUCGGCAGCAACCGCAGACUUUCAUUUCACCCGGUCUAGCUGCACUCUUCGGCGACGCGGGACGGUUGAGUCACAUCCUCUCUUCUACCGACCCCCGAGAAUACCAGGAGGCCGUGUAG